UAUCUGUCUAUACAAAUAAAUUUCUUCUUCCUCUCUCUAGCCAUGGCUGGUGUAUUUUGAAUUUUAUAUAUUUUCUUCUCAUAUGGAGCUCUGAAAAGGCAUAAAUACAGAGAACCAAAUCAAGAAUUGAACCAAACCCAGUUGAGUUUCACCAAGUUUGUCUGGUAAAUUUUUAAUAUUUUUGAGAAAGAAGAACCAUAAAAUAUUCUAGAGGGUAUGGCUCAUCAAGAAGCAAUUAAGCAGCUUCAGUCUUUGAUAGAAGAUGUGGAAGAUGAGUCAAUGAAGGAGACAUUUAAGAAUAUGCACCAAGGUAAUCCAACUGAAACAUUGGUGCGGUUUCUCAAAGCCAGGGAUUGGAAUGUCUCAAAAGCCCAUAAAAUGUUGAUUGAUUGUCUGGAUUGGAGGAUAACUAAUGACAUUGACAAUAUAUUAGCGAGACCAAUUAUCCCUGCUGAAUUGUAUAGAGCAGUGCGAGAUUCUCAGCUUAUAGGUCUAUCAGGUUACUCAAAAGAGGGUCUUCCUGUAAUUGCAGUUGGUGUUGGGCUAAGCACAUAUGACAAAGCGUCUGCAAAUUAUUAUCUGCAAUCACACAUUCAAAUGAAUGAGUACCGGGAUCGUGUAGUGUUGCCUGCUGCAACAAAAAAGUAUGACCGGCACAUUAGUACCUGUCUGAAGAUUUUGGAUAUGACUGGAUUAAAGCUGUCAGCACUGAACCAAAUAAAGCUAAUGACUGCAAUAUCUACAGUAGAUGACUUAAAUUAUCCAGAGAAGACUGAAACAUACUAUAUUGUCAAUGCCCCUUAUAUAUUUUCAGCAUGUUGGAAGGUUGUAAAGCCUCUUCUGCAAGAAAGGACAAAGAAGAAAAUUCAGGUGCUGCAAGGUAAUGGGAGAGACGAGUUGUUGAAGAUAAUGGAUUACAACUCCCUCCCACAUUUUUGUCGAAAAGAAGGCUCUGGGUCAUCCCGAAAUGGAACUAUAGAAAAUUGUUUCUCUUUGGACCACACAUUCCAUCAAAUGGCCUACAACCAUAUGAAACAGCAAGCUGUGCUCAUGGAAUCCGUUUCUCCAAUCAGACAUGGCUCAGUUCAUGUAGAUGUCCCUGAGCCAGACCCUGAAGAUGCCAAAAUUGCAAAGACCAUAGAGUCUGAGUUUCAAAAGCUUGGCAAGAAUGGACUCAUUAAGACAUUGAGCGGCCUCAAAUUUGACGGAUAAUUAGAAUUUAGAGAAUCCUAAUUACAGAUUUGUAGUUAAUAUGUUGUCUUCAGUACCCAACACUUGAUGGUCUGUUACUUAUUCAUGCUGUUGGAGUGACCGAGGCUUUGUACUUCCACCGAUUUAAUGUCAUAGCAUUUACUUGCACCAGCUUGAUGCAAGGGAUGCAAUAACUAAUUUGUUGUAGCUUAACACUCUCACCACUUUUGUCUGGAUUUAUCAUGUUCUACUGAUAACAAGAGUCAGCUCUUCAGAUUUUUAAA